AUGAGUCGAACCAGACGCCAAUGGCUGGGCCUCUUCCUGGCAAUCUUCUUCAUAUGCCUGCUCUACCAGCAACGUCGCUCUUUAAAUGAAUACCAUGCCCAAUCAACAACACCGAUAAAUGAACACAUUGACACUCCGGAGGUCCUUACUCCAGAUGUUCCAAGACCAGACUUCCAAAAUCCCGAUUUUCCCAGCGAACCGCCUGUUGAUAACUCCCACGACACCAUUUGGAGCCGGCUGCCUAUCCGCCACCUCGUCGUACCUUCCUUACUCCCACCGACCCAAUCGCGCCUCGGUAUGCCCAAGAUUCAAGCAAGCGAUUCGAGCUUCUCCCAAAUCACAACUUGGUUCCAGAAAAGCAGACAGGCGGCGGUCAAGGAAGCAUUCGGGCGAUGCUGGGAGUCAUACAAGUGGCUUGCGUGGCAGACCGACGAGCUUGCGCCCAUGAGCGGUUUGCCUAGUAAUGGACUUGGUGGCUGGGGUGUGACGUUGGUAGACAACCUGGAUACACUAUGGAUCAUGGGAAUGCGAUCGGAGUUCGACACAGCUGUUAAGGCCGUUGUCGAGAUCAAUUUCGAGACCACUCAGUUGUCGGAAAUCAACACGCAUGAGAUAAAUAUUCGCAUUCUGGGUGGUUUACUGGGCGCGUUUGAUCUAAGCAAUGAUCGUCGAUUGCUGAACAAGGCGAUCGAGGUUGGUGAUAUGCUUUAUGCGGCGUUUGACACGCCGAACCGCAUGCCGAUCACCCAUUGGGAUCUGCACCGAGCCGCACGGCAGGAAGAACAGUUCGCCGAAGAAGUGGUCUCUGCUUCAGAACUCGGAUCUUUUAUUCUUGAGUUCACGAGACUGUCGCAAUUGACUAGCGAUCCCAAAUACUUCAACGCCGCACAACUGGUCAUGGAGAGACUCAGCCAAUUGCAGGAUUCGACCAAGCUUGCAGGAAUGUGGCCGGUGGUCCUGAAUGCCCGAACGGAGGUAUUUGACGGAGACUUCUUCACAUUGGGUGCCGAGGUCGAUUCCCUGUAUAAAACAUUGGCCAAGGCAGAUAUGUUACUUGGAGGUUAUUUCCCUGUGUAUCGCAAGAUGUACGAGAGAUCGACACGAACCGUCGCUGGACACCACCUCUUCCGCCCCAUGACUCAUGAUAACAAAGACAUUCUUGUCCCGGGAUCAAUUCGCGUGAUGAUGACACAGAAUGGAAAGCAACGUACACUAUUGGAAAGUCAAGUUCACCACCGUGCGUGCUUCACAGGAGGCAUGUUCGCAUUGGGUGGCGCACUCUUCGGCAUUCCGACCCACCGCAAAAUCGCGAACAAGUUGGUUGAUGGCUGUAUCUGGGCUGCCCAGUCCAUGCCUCUGGGAAUCAUGCCCGAGGUGUAUGAGACGGUCCCAUGUGCUUCUCAGACCGAAUGUCCAUGGAACGAGUGGCACUGGAAGCAAGAAGUCUGGAAGAGCGUGAACAACAGUCCAGAACCAGAUCCCGACAUGGACAUCGAUGCCUAUAUCCGUGAUCAUCAUCUGCCUAAAGGCUUCAUUGCCAUCCCCGACACUCGUUACAAUUUGCGACCGGAGACUAUCGAGAGCAUGUUCAACCUUUACCGCAUUUCCGCCCGCGAGGACUUACUCGAUACUGCCUGGGGUAUGUUUGAAUCGAUUCAAAAUACCACCGAAAUCAUCAAUGGCAACGCUGCCCUCGCCGACGUUACGACUCCGACCGAAGAACCAGUUCACAUUGACUCCAUGGAAAGUUUCUGGAUGUCACAAACGUUGAAAUAUUUCUAUCUCAUGUUCAGCGCGCCAGAUGCCCUCAGUCUGGAUGAAUAUGUCUUCAAUUCUGCUGGACAUCCUCUCAAGCGACCGGAGACGGAAUGGAUACAAUAA